AUGGAUCGCACAUCCCACGGAGAGCGCAUCGCGGAGCGCCAAUACGGCCAUAGGUCUCACACUCGGUCUGUGUCGCCUGCGAGGCUCGGUUCCAGCAAUCGUAAUCGCUACAGAGACCGCAGUCCGAAUCGCAGACAUCAUCACCGAAGCUCGCGAUCACCGGCGCAUGACUCAAAGCAUGGGGACAAAAAUCGGGAACGGAAACGUUAUCACCACCGCGAGCGCAAAGAGCUUUCUCCGGUAUCCGCGGCGCCGGUUGUUCUACCGUAUAAUGCACGACAUUUGUCGAAAUUCGAUCUUUCUCUGCUAGAGCCGAUGUUUGCGAUGUACUUGGAUAUACAAAAGGGAUUGGUGAUAGAGGAUAUGGAUGAACAGGAAGUCAUGGGGAGGUGGAAGAGUUUUAUCAAAAAAUGGAACCGUGGAGAACUCGCUGAAGGGUGGUAUGACCCUGCCACUUUUGAGAAAGCCAAGGGUAGCUUGAAUGAUGCACGAGUCGAUCACAACAAGGAAGUGGUCAAAAAGCUGGAUCAAUUUGGAGAACGCAGCGAUAAUGAUAUGAUGCCAUACAAUAAGGAUGAUCCCCCUGUGGCGGAAACUGACGAUGAUAAUGGAGAUGAUGAUGAUGAAUGUGGACCUAAGCUUCCUCGCGGACCUGUUACCUCUAGGGGAGCUUUAUCUGGGCCUACUAUACCGAAUAUACAAGACUUAGAACUUCGGCGUGAACAAGCUCUCGCAGAUGCUGAAGCAGCCCGCUCAGAAGCUCGCACUCAACACAAACACGAAACCUCAUCCCAUAAAACCAAUCUCCGAGCCUUCGAAGAUGAAGUCGCCCCUCGCGCAGAACCAGGGACACACGAACGCAAAUUGGAGAAAAAAAGGGAAAAGGCAGCCGCAAACCGUGAAUUUGCGUCAGGCCGCCGCGGUGGCUCUCCGACUAUGGAAGCUGCACCCGACUCAGAGUUAAUGGGCGGUGGUGGCGACGAUGAUUUAUCUGCGCUAAAACGAGCAAAGGAGCAAGAAGCGAGGAAGAAGAAUGAGCGGGAAAUACGUCGUGAAGAGAUCUUGAUGGCGAGAAAGGCGGAGAGGGAGGAACGGUUGGCAGAGUACAAAAAGAAGGAGGAGGAGACUAUGGGUUGGUUGAAGGCAUUGGCUAAACAGCGAUUUGGUUAG